AGUCUUUAGACACUCUGAAGCUACAGAAGAAGGCAAAGAAAGCUGAUGCCCUGGGUCGAGGAGACGUCCAGCCUCAGCUGAACAGUGCCAUGCAGGAUGUCAGUGAUAAAUACCUGCUGCUGGAGGAGACAGAGACACAGGCCGUCAGGAAGGCCCUCGUCGAGGAGAGGAGCAGGUUAUGCACCUUCGUCUCCAUGCUACGACCUGUCGUGGAUGAGGAGAUCUCCAUGCUAGGAGAGGUCACCCACCUCCAGACCAUAUCUGACGACCUCAAGAUGCUGACCAUGGACCCUCACAAGCUGCCCCCCGCCAGCGAACAGGUGAUUCUGGAUCUGAAGGGCUCUGACUAUAACUGGUCCUAUCAGACUCCUCCCUCCUCCCCCAGCACCACUAGAUCCAGGAAGUCCAGUAUGUGCAGCAGUCUGAACAGCGUAAACAGUAGUGACUCUCGCUCCAGCGGCACAUCCCACUCUCACUCCCCCUCCUCCUCCUCCUCCUCCUCCCACUACGGCUACCGUAGCUCCACCCUGCCCCAGCAGGCCGCGGCACGACUGUCCUCCAUGUCCUCCCACGACUCAGGAUUCAUCUCCCAGCCAGACACCUACACCUCCAAGUCACCAUCACCCAUGUCCCAGGAGACACUACCGCAGCCUUGCUCCAGCUCUGGCUCGUCUGAGGCCUCUGAGACCUGCCAGUCAGUCAGUGAGUGCAGCUCUCCCACCUCUGGAGGGCCUCUGGCUGCAGUUGACAAGUUGUUUAACGGGUAUGACCACUACGGGGAUCACCAUCAUUCAGACUCUUCAUACCUGACGGGAGGGGGCUCAGGCCAGGGGGGGUCCUACCUGACGGGAGGGGGCUCAGGCCUGGUGGGGUCCUACCCCCUCUUCCCUCCCUCCUCCCAUUCCUCCUCCAUCACCUCCUCCUCCUGUCCGUCCCAGUCGUGGUCCAGGCCGGGCUCGGCCCUGCUACCUGACUACCCUCAUUACUGCACCCUGGGGCCUAACAUGGUCCCCACCUCUAAAGUCCCCAGUUGGAAGGACUGGGCUAAGCCAGGACCCUAUGACCAGCCCAUGGUGAACACCCUUAGAAGGAGGAAGGACAAGGAUCCUGUACCAGCAGACACCAGCUAUGUCCCACUACCACUACCUGCUGGAGUCAUCCCAGCACCAGGGGGCAGGAGUCUACCACCUCCUGCUGGAGUCAUCCCAGCCCCAGGGGGCAGGAGCCUACCACUACCUGCUGGAGUCAUCCCAGCACCAGGGGGCAGGAGUCUACUACUACCUGCUGGAGUCAUCCCAGCACCAGGGGGCAGGAGUCUACCAUUACCUUCACCACCCAAGGUGUGUGAGAUGGAGGCCCAUGAGGAGCUGGCCCUGGCCCUGUCCAGAGGUCUACAGCUGGACUCACAGACACAGCGUUCCAGUAGGGACUCUCUACACUGUUCUAGUGGCUACAGUACCCAGAGUACCACCCCAUGCUGUUCAGAGGACACCAUACCCUCACAAGUGUCAGACUACGACUAUUUCUCCAUGGGAGGGGACCAGGAGUUUGACCAGCAGGAGUUUGACAAAUCAUCCACCAUCCCCCGUAACAGUGACAUCAGCCAGUCCUACCGUAGGUUGUUCCAGUCCAAGAGACCAGCGUCCACCGCCGGCCUACCUUCUACAGCCGGCUCCGUCAUCAUGACCCCUGGGGUCGCCACCAUCCGCCGCACGCCCUCCACCAAGCCCUCGGCCCGCCGUGGGACCACCGGCCCCAUCCCCAUCCGAACCCCCGUCAUCCCAGUCAAGAUCCCCACCGUGCCUGGCCUAGUUGGGGGAGGAUUCCCUGGGGGCCUGGGGGUUCCUGGAGGACCAGGAGUAGGGGCGGAGGAACCAGAGGAGGCCCAGAGCCCUGAGUCUCCAGCCCAGGGAGAGGAGGGGGAGCUGGGUGUACUUCCCCUGGCGUUCUGGAGUGGUCAAGCAACCACCAACCCUCCCCUGGCCCCUCACCAGCCUGGGGUCCAGUGUCAGGGCGAGGGGGGGUCCCUGGAGGAUGGGGAGGUUAUGGAUGGUCAGGGGGAAACAUGCUGCUGGUUAUCCAGAGAGGGGUCAAGCUGAAGAGGACCAAUACCAACGAUCGCUCAGCACCGCGCAUCGUAUAAGAGGAGAGCCACCGUGGCACCAUGCAGCAUCAGAGGAGGGUAUCCUGCCUAGCUGUACCUAGCUAGCCUACCGCCUGCCCAUUGACAGGACAAACAGGACAGAAGUCAUGUCCAUUCCAAGUGAUGCUGUGUGUGGUGACAGACAGAGCUCUACACGUCGUCUCAGACGGUGCAGAAGCUGCUCUCUUGUUGGACAGACAGUGGAGCAGCACAGACUUGUGUUAAUUAUGUUCUCUUUUAGUUCUGAAUAUGGAAAUAAUUAUGCAUGGUAUUUUUAUCUUUGUUGCUUCCUGGGGCCCUGUUCUGUUGACUCUAGUCCUCCCACCUCCCGUUCCUCCCCUCCUCAGUUUUGUUGACUCUAGUCCUCCCACCCCCGUUCCUCCCCUCCUCAGUUCUAUUGACUCUAGUCCUCCC